GAUCCUCCAGAAAGAGAGACAUUUGAGAUCAUAAGUAGUCAGACUCGAUCCAGUCUGACGGUGAUGCCAAGUUUGGAGCACCACAUUUGGUGCCGUCUGUGGUUGGUGAUCAGGAUCAUCCGGGAGACCCUGAGCAGUUUAGCAGUGCAAUCCAACCCAAAAGGAAGAAUUCGGGUGGAGUGGAGCGAUCAUUCGAUCUUAUUGCCCAAUCCAGCCAAGCGUGAAACUAGGGGUGUUUUUGUGACCAACAGCAUUGACGAGAAAAAAAAGUGGGAAUCUUUUUUUCUUCUUCUCUUUUGCCCGGACCCACGAAGUUGGGGGAAAGGGAAGCCCCCUUUCGUUUCUUGUUUUUUUUCUUCCCUCUCCAACAAAGAGAGACAGGGUUCAUUAGUCAGCCGUGCACCCUUUCCUCCCUCUUUUGCCCCCCCUCUUUGUAGAGCGUCUGUACGGAGUACCCCGACGACACUAACUUCUGCAGCAGUAAUCUACAGCAAUUUAUUGAUAUUGAUGGGCAGGAGGCAAAUCAUGCGAGGUGGCCAGCAAAGCGACAUUGAUAUUACCGUAGUACCCCGUAUCAUUACAGCAUCCGAGUCAGGCUUAACUUUCUUACACGUAUCACCAUGGUUUGGACACCUUGCCCGUGUAGUAGUCAGGCUGAGAGGUGUGGGGUGGGUAUCUUGCAGUCUGGUAACACACGAACAGACUCAGCACAGCAUUUAGUGAGCAGGCAUGGAUGGAAGUGUCCUGCAAUGACAAAAAUAAAAAUCUAUCCCCGGCCGCAGCCAAUCCGGGAUGAACUGGAUGCAAGACUGUCUCUGAACAGCAUAUGACAGCUACCCCUCCAUGCUGGAAGGAAAUCCAGAAAUAGCAGAGCGGCGAGACUGCUAGUCAAAGGGUGGCAAGACAAGGGCAGCCACCUUAAUUGGCCUCCUGGCUGAGACAAC